AUGGGUUCUCUUGCCGUCUCUCAGGACAGCGUUUCCCACGCCAGUAUCAAGGCGAAUAAGCAGCUGGCAGUACAACCCGUGGGCAAACAUGGCCUUGACAUCAUCGAUAUUCGACGCGUUGCGGUCGAAACAAACUUGAAGGACGACAUCAUUUCCAUGUGGAACCCCACAAACGGACCCCGGAGGCUGCCGACCCUGCUUCUCUACAAUGAACGGGGCCUGCAAUUGUUUGAGGAUAUCACAUAUCUGGAAGAGUACUACCUGACCAACAACGAAAUCGAGGUUCUUGAGAAAAACUCAAAAGAGAUCGCUCAGAAUAUCUCACCCGAUUCUAUGGUCAUUGAGUUGGGAAGUGGCAAUCUUCGUAAAGUUUGUUUGUUGCUGCAGGCUUUCGAGGACGCCGGCAAGAACAUUGAUUACUACGCACUCGAUCUCUCUCGAGAGGAAUUGGAACGCACGCUUGCUCAAGUUCCUGAUUUUCAUCACGUCAAAUGCCAUGGUCUUUUGGGAACCUAUGAUGAUGGCCGGGAAUGGCUGAAACAGCCAUCCAACCUGGCACGCACCAAGUGCAUCUUGAGCUUGGGUUCCAGCAUAGGAAAUUUCGAGCGCGAUGAUGCGGCCGGUUUCCUCAAGCACUUCAGCGACGUUCUGACGCAGUCGGACAAGUUGCUGAUUGGGCUUGACGGAUGCUGCGAUCCUUCCAAGGUCUACCAUGGUUACAAUGACCAGAAAGGAGUAACGCAUGCGUUCAUCCUCAACGGACUCGCCAACGCCAAUGAGAUCUUAGGAGAAGAGGCCUUCAAGCUCAAAGACUGGGAGGUCAUCGGAAUCCACAUGAUUUCGAAGAGGAAAAUGCCCUUCAGUCGUCUCCCCGAACUUUACGCUUCUUCGCCCUGUCCUACUCUGGACGAUUGGCAGGCGUUGUGGGCGGCAUGGGAUGCUGUUACACAGGAAAUGCUGCCAAGAGAGGAGUUGCUGGAUCAACCCAUCAAGCUUCGCAAUGCUUGCAUCUUCUACCUUGGGCAUAUCCCCGGGUUCCUAGACAUUCAGUUGUGCAAAACUACAAGGACGCCUCCGACUGAGCCAGCCCACUUUCAGCCAAUGUUUGAGCGGGGCAUCGACCCUGAUGUCGACAAUCCGGAGCAAUGCCACUCUCAUUCCGAAAUCCCUGAUGAAUGGCCUGCAGUGGAAGAUAUUCUUCAGUACCAGCAGCGUGUACGAUCCAGGCUACUUGACCAGUACCAGAAUGGAAUCAAUAACAUCCCCAGAGCUGCUGCUCAAGGGAUCUGGGUGGGAUUUGAGCACGAGAUCAUGCACAUGGAGACGCUCCUUUAUAUGAUGCUCCAGAGCGACAAGACUGUCCCUCCUCCUGAUGUUCUGCGCCCGGACUUCAAGCGCUUGGCCAAUAAAGCUCGCCAGUCCCGGGUAUCCAACCAGUGGCACGAUGUACCUGCUCAGUCUAUUAUUGUAGGCAUGGACGAGCCUGAUCUUGACGCUGGCGUCAACGGGUACUUUGGCUGGGACAACGAAAGACCUGCAAGGGUUGCCAAUGUUCAUGCGUUCCAGGCACAAGGACGACCGAUCACAAAUGAGGAGUAUGCGCAAUACAUGUUUGAAAACCACAUCAAAAAGGUCCCUGCAUCAUGGGCCGAUGUUCAAGCUGCAGAGCCCGAUUCUGACACGGUCCUUGACGCGAAUGGACAAACAUUUUUUACCAAUGGAAAUACAAAUGGUCAUGUCAACGGGGUCAACGGGCAUGCAAACGGUCACGUCAAUGGCCACACAAACGGUCAUGUCAAUGGCACUACAAAUGGACAUGUGAAUGGACACCAGAACGGGGAUAGUGUCGUCCCUGAUUCAUUCCUUGACGGCAUUGCAGUCCGCACGGUUUAUGGCUUGGUUCCGCUGAAAUAUGCUCUGGACUGGCCCAUCUUCGCAUCUUUCGAUGAACUCUCUGGAUGUGCAGCAUGGAUGGGAGGCCGAAUCCCGACGUUUGAGGAGGCUCGAAGCAUCUACACUUACGUUCAUAACUCGAAGAAGAUGGAAGCUGAGCGUACGCUGGGCAGGACGGUACCAGCAGUCAACGGCCACCUGUCGAAUGAUGGAGUCGAGGAAACACCACCAAAGAAGAAGUCGCUUGAGGCCGCGGAGGUUCGAUCGGAGCUAUUCGCGGACCUCGAUGGUGCCAAUGUCGGCUUGCAGCAUUGGCACCCGGUUCCCGUGACGGCCGACGGCGGUCGCCUCGCGGGACAGGGUGAGCUCGGCGGUGUCUGGGAGUGGACCAGCACGCCCCUUGCUCGCCAUGAGGGGUUCGAGCCUAUGCCUCUAUACCCUCAGUACACGGCCGACUUCUUCGAUGGCAAGCACAACAUUGUGCUUGGAGGAUCGUGGUCAACGCAUCCCCGCAUCGCCGGCAGAAGAUCAUUUGUCAACUGGUAUCAACGAAACUACCCCUUUGCCUGGUGCGGCGCAAGACUUGUCAGGGAUAUCAAAUAA